AUGGCCCGAUUCGACGUACGACGCAUCCUGGUCGACGAAGGCAGCUCAGUGGAUAUCAUGUACGUCCACCUCUUCAAGACUCUGAAGCUAGACAAGACCAACUUAGCCCCCUACGUCGGAUCAGAUCUCCAAGGAUUCAACGGAGCAACAACCAGACCGUGGGGAUAUGUUGAGCUCCUCGUCACCUUCGGCGAACAAGAAACGGCCAGGGAAGUCAAAAUCCAAUUCCUGGUCGUAGACUGUCCGUCUCUCUACAAUUGCAUCUUUGGACGCCCGACACUGGCCGAACUCACUGCGGUCCCAUCCACCGUCCACCUGAAGAUGAAAUACUACACCAAAUUAGGACGUGUGGUCACCAUCCAUGGUGACAUCGAAGCAGCCCGACGAUGCUACGACGCCGCAGUAAAAGGACAGGCCGUAGUCAGCACGAAGAGCAACUGCAACAACAAAAAACUCAAGACCGAGGAUCCUGCCCGAGGAGUCAACGCCAUCGACCUCGACUGUCGCAUCGGGCUGGACGAGACCGAAGAGGGGAGGUUCCCCAAGGAACGCUCUCUCGAACACCCGGUCCGACCAAUCCCCGACGGGGAGUUCGAACUCAUUCCUCUUGGGGACGAUCCGGAAAGGACGGUGAAGAUAGGUAAGGGACUACCCGAGGAAACAAGAGAAGAGCUAGUAGCAUGCCUCAAAGAGAACUCCGACCUCUUCGCGUGGAAUGCCGCAGAAAUGCCCGGGCUGGACCCCGAGAUCGCGUGUCAUAAGCUAGCUGUAGACCGGGCAGCCAAGCCCAUAGCACAGCGUAGACGCAAGCAAUCGCCCGAAAAGGCAGAGGCUGCCGAGCGAGCUGUAAAAGACCUCUUAGAGGCAAAUUUUAUUUCUGAAGCCCAGUACACAACCUGGCUCUCUAAUGUAGUCCUCGUUAAGAAAAAUAAUGGAAAAUGGCGUAUGUGUGUUGAUUAUACUGAUCUUAAUAGGGCUUGCCCGAAAGAUGCUUUCCCCCUCCCUAAUAUAGACUCGCUCGUUGACAACUCUGCAGGUUUUAAACUCUUGUCCUUCAUGGACGCAUAUAGUGGAUACAACCAGAUCCCUAUGUCGCCCGCAGACAAGAAACACACAGCGUUCAUGACCCCAACGGGCAAUUACUAUUACAACGUGAUGCCGUUUGGGCUCAAGAACGCUGGCGCUACAUACCAACGCAUGAUGAACAAAGUCUUCAAGGACGAAAUAGGGGACAUGCUCGAAGUAUACAUGGACGACAUGAUCGUCAAAUCACACGAGGAGAUAACCCAUGCUCGACACCUUACGAAGGUAUUCGCGCAGGCGAGACAGUGUAAAAUGAGGUUCAACCCCGAGAAAUGCACGUUCGGAGUCCGGGCAGGCAAGUUCCUCGGUUUCUACCUCACCGAAAGAGGGAUCGAGGCCAACCCCGACAAAUGCCAGGCAUUCUCGGAGUUUCCGACCCCGAAAACCAAAAAAUCGAUCCAGUCACUCAAUGGAGUGCUCGCCUCACUCUCCCGUUUCAUCGCCAAGUCCGCCCAGCACGCGUUGCCGUUCUUCAGACUCCUUCGCAAAGAGGCUACCUUCGACUGGACCGAUGAAUGCGAGCAAGCGCUACUCCAUCUAAAGAAGGUUCUGUCCCAACCCCCGGUCUUAUCACGGCCAUCAGAAAAGGAAACCCUAUACUUAUACCUAUCCGUGGCAACCGAGGCCGUCAGCGCCGUUCUAAUAAGAGAAACCGACGAAGGACAAAAACCCAUCUAUUUUACGAGUAAAGCACUCCAAGGUCCCGAGCUCCGAUAUCAGCAAAUCGAAAAGGUCGCCCUGGCCCUCAUCAACACAGCAAGGAGACUACGAUAUUACUUCCUCGCACACACGAUAAAGGUGAGGACCGACCAGCCAAUCAAACAGCUGCUCGGGCGCCCGGAUAUGGCCGGGAGGAUGCUCAAGUGGUCCCUAGAACUCUCCGAAUUCGACAUACAAUACGAAAAUAGAAAAGCCUUGAAAGCUCAGGCACUGGCCGACUUCGUCGCGGAGAUGACCCACUGCCCGACUCCAGCAGAAAGCGCCCACAAAUGGACGAUCUUCGUCGAUGGCGCCUCUAGCACAUCAGGCAGCGGGGCCGGGAUCAUCCUCGAAAAUGAAGAAGGGAUCCUGAUAGAGGUAUCAUUAGCGCUAGCGUUCCCAACAUCAAACAACCAAGCCGAAUACGAAGCCUUCCUCGCAGGCCUGAGGUUAGCCGAGGACCUAGGAGCAAAAGAGGUAAAAAUAUCCACCGACUCCCAGCUCGUGGCCUCACAAGUGCGAGGAGAAUACCAAACCAAGAACGACAACCUCCUCGAGUACUUGUCCCUCGUCAAAGAAAAACUUGAUAGAUUUGAAAAAUGGGAAGUUCAACACAUACCCCGCGAGCACAACACACGGGCAGACGUUCUCUCCAAACUAGCCAGCACGAGGAAAAAGGGUGGGAAUAAAUCAGUAAUCCAAGAAAUCCUCCCUCGGCCCAGCAUCAACAAACUACCGCCUCCACUCGAGGUCAACGCUAUUGGAGAUGCCCACUGUUGGAUGACACCCAUCUACAAUUACCUCACACGAGACGAACUCCCGGCUGACCCGAAAGAGGCGACCACUGUCAAACGACGCGCAUGCUCACUCGGCGAGGCAAAGAGGGCAUGGGUCGAGGAGCUACAUAGCGUCCUAUGGGCCUACCGCACGACACCACAUUCUACCACCGGGGAAACCCCGUUCCGACUAACUUACGGCACCGAGGCAGUCAUCCCGGUGGAGAUACGGACGCCAACGAGGAGGACGGAGGAGCCCCUAGACGAGGAAAUGAACGAUGAAACCCUUAGAGCCGAGCUCGACCUAGUCGAUGAGAUACGUUCCGAAGCAGCUCUCCGGGAAACAACCCUCAAACAAAAAAUAGCACUACGCCAUGACGCGAAAGUCAUAAAAAGAGAGUUCCAGGUCGGCACCCUGGUCCUCAGAAGAAACCAGAAAAACCCGAGAGAGGGCAAACUGGCGGCCAACUGGGAAGGCCCUUACCGCGUCCGCGACAAAACGAGCAACGGGGCCUAUUACCUAGAAAACCUACAAGGAGAACAACUCGCUCGACCAUGGAACGCAGAAAAACUUAGACAAUAUUACAGCUAA